UCACUGCCAACAGAGCAGCGAUCAUGCUGUCUUGAACUUUCACUUCCUGUUAUUUUUCAGCUGCAGCUCUUCAUUGCCACUCUCCAACAGUGUAUCACUCCACUGCCUGCGCCACAAGACGACUACUAAUGGCCCCCCAGUGGCUGAGCUGCAGUACUGCAGUGUUUCUGCUUUUGGUUCAUAUCACUGUGGUUAUCACACAGUCUUGCGGAGGAAUCCCUGGGAUACCCGGCACCCAUGGGCGCAACGGCUUGGAUGGUGUCAAGGGAGAGAUGGGAGACCCUGGUGAGGCUGGCCAGUCAAUCAGGGGAAAGAAGGGGUCUCCAGGUCUGCCAGGGCCCCCAGGACGGCCUGGGCUGAAGGGGGACGCGGGUCUUAUGGGACCUGCUGGUUAUCCAGGCCCGUCAGGGGAGAAGGGAAGACCCUUCAACCCUUCCAACCAGCAGAGUUCCAUCUUCUCCUACAAACGGGUCAUACCACAUGCACCAGAAUUAGACGCCCCCAUGAUCUUCAACAGAGACAUUUUGACAGAAUCGGAUGAACAGCUUGGAGGACAACGGUUGCCAAACGGGACGUUCACAUGCGCCAUCAGAGGAGUCUACUUCUUCAGUUAUCAUGUUUCAGCAAAGAGCAGAGUGUGUCUGAAGCUGGUGAAGAACAACGUCAUUCACAUUUCUAUGUGUGACAUAUCCGAGGGUUUCCUGGUCACCUCUGGCUCAGCGGUACUAGCGUUGGAGGUCGGAGACACGGUCUCGCUGCAGGCAACAACGCACAACAGCAUCGUGACGAGCCAGAGCAGCACCAGUCACACUUUCACCGGCUUCCUGAUCUUCCCAAGUGCCUAGAGCUCCGCGCACUGAUCCACAAAAUCAUCGUUUAAAAUGCUUUAAAGCUUUUUUGGGACAUUUACAGCAACAAAAUGAAAUAUGUUUUUCUGUAAUCGUGUAAAGAUCAGCAGAAUAAAUAAAGAUUAGCUCAAUAGUGGCA